CUGAAAUCAUAAGAGUGGACACUACAUUUUGCAAAGUCAUUGAAUGCUAAGCUCACUUUCAUUCCAAGGGAAGCCAUGCAGGAUGAAGAUGGAUAUGUCACCUUAAAUAUUAAAACUCAAAAGAAAGCUCUCACUUCAGUUGACCCUGCUUCCUCCUCUGUGUGGCGCGUGAUGGCUUUGAUUCUGCUGGUCUUGUGCAUGGGGAUGGUUGUUGGGCUGGUGGCUCUGGGGACAAUGUCUGUCACGCAGCAAAACUACCUACAAGCUGAGAAUGAAAAUCUCUCAGGAACUCUGAAACAAUUAGCAAAGAAGUUCUGCCAAGAUUUACUACGGCAAUCAGGACAAAAGAAAAGCCACAAAUGCAGCCCAUGUGGCAUAAACUGGAGAUAUUAUGGAGACAGUUGCUAUGGAUUCUUCAGGCAAAACUUGACAUGGAAAGAGAGUAAGAAGUACUGUGCUGACAUAAAUUCUACUCUUCUGAAGAUCACCAGCAAGGACGUUCUGCAAUACAUCGAUAGCAGGACUGGAUUAAUUCGUUGGGUUGGAUUAUCCCGCCAGAAAUCCAGUGAUGUCUGGAAGUGGGAAGAUGGCUCAAUUCCCUCCAAAAAUUUGUUUAAGCUUUCUGGAACUGGAACAGAAUAUAUGAAUUGUGCUUAUUUUCAUAAUGGGAAAAUUUACCCUACUUUCUGUGAGGACCAACAUUAUUUAAUAUGUGAAAGGAAGGCAGGCGUGGCAAAUGUGAACCAACUACUUUAAUGCAAAGACAUGGGCAGGAUGUCAGAGACAAGUGCUUGAUGAUACAAUAAAAGAUCCAGAUGAAGGAAUCAG